AGGUAAGCAAGUGAGAACCAGACUGUCACAGGCCUUUAAUCACUGGCUGAAUGUUCCACAAGAUAAAAUACAGGUCAUUUGAGGACAAAACCAGGACCCUGUCAUCUUUCAAUCUGCAUUCUGACACAAUUACUACUGCUUUUGUGCAUACUAAUUAUAAUAACUUAAAGUGUUUGAAGUCUGGAGGACCACCUUGAGUCAGCUUUCUGAUAUCUCUUGUAAUCUUAAGACAUCCCAGGUGUCUAGCAGCCUGAUUCAUAUCCAGUUAUUUGUAUUUCUUUUAUUAAAAAUCUGAAUUCUGGCACUCAUUAUGGGACUUCUUGUUUUACCUUAGAUCAUUUGUCUUCAUGUAGCUUGUUUAGAUGAUAGUUGAGGCUACUGUUCCUUGGUAGUUGAUUUUACUAUUGGCUGCCACCAUUUCACUUUUUUCACAGCCAAGUGGUCUCUUCCCCCCACCCACUCCCCACCCUUCCUCUUACUGCAUCUUUACCCAUCUAAUGCUGCACUGAGGCACUCAGCAUGUUGAAUUAGAGAACACUGGGUUUGUCAGAUUAACUUUCUUCUAAGAAGGCACUGAAAUAGCCAAGUAGGGGGACAAGCAAAUUUUCAAGCUAUUGCAGGUAAGGAGGUAGAAAUCUGCAUGUUGGAGUGAUAGUGCAGUAGCUACUGAUCAGAUAGGCUGAGGUUGUGAGAAAGCAUAACACUCUCUACUGGUUCUUCAGCUUUCACUAUGAAGAGCAGUCUUUUCAUUUCCUCAGGCUACUUCCUGUCUUCUAAAAUAAACUUUUUCUGCUGUCUGAACUUUUUUUUUCCUUACUUUUCAACUCUGUCCUCUGAUUUAAAGUCAGUUGGCAACAACAUACUUUCAGAGGUCAAAGUAGGGCUCACUUUUAACUGGUAGAUGAGUCAUUACUGCUUCAUAAGUAGAUUGUUCUUGCAGUCAUAUCUUGGACAAACAAUUAGAUUGCUGGGUUUUGGGUUUUAAUCUUUGGGACAGUGGUCAUUGAACACUAGGUGGCUUGCCAUUCAAGAAAGUGGUUGCAGCGAAGUUCCUCUUACUUUUUCCUACAGCACGCACCAAAUAGGUCAAUAUUAGGUACUUGCCAUUACUUAAUGGUGGCCUUAGUGUUUUUUUAGAAGCAGUUGUUUUGAUGAGUGUUGACUGAGUGCAAUGUUUGUAGCUUGCAAGUGUAAUUGGUUCAUUAGCUUUAAAAUCAUAUCUUAAUCAGAUGCAUUUUGCAGUGAGUUUUUACAGUGUGCAGUUUCACAUGCUUGAAUUUAUUUCCAUUUAAGCAGGUGCUGACUAUACCUGUUCCUUGUGUAGCAGCUGUGCAAUAAAAACAGUAUAUAGUGUUAAAACUAAAUUUCUUGUUGAAUUGUCCUGCUUUGGAAUUGUUAAGGUUCAUUUUUAGUCAGAUGUAGUCAGCUACAAGCUUGAUGUUCUUAGCAGUUUGUGUACCUCAGGUGGUGUAUGAUACUGGUCUACCUACUGACAAGUAGUAAGUGUGUAGGAAGCUUCCCAAAAGAAGUUGUAGCCAUUCCGUUUCUGCCAAGAAUUUUCCAAAUGAUGUUUCAGAGAAAAUAGUCUGUCCUUUAAGAGCUCAGUACUGAAGAUAACUACACAAAGUGUAGGGAAAGAAAGAUGAACUCUCCACUUACCAAAACAAGGUUUACAAGACAAAUGUGUUAAUGGAUGAUACCUGACCCUCUCAAGAACUGACUUUAUGAGAUUCCAGGUUAAUGAAUCUAAGCUUGUCCCAACAUUGUGUUGCUUUGCUUCUCCUCCAUGUUUCUAGUAACAUUUAUUACAUGACUCCUGGGCAAUGGUGUAUUUUAGAACUGUAGCAACAAUGAAGAGGAGCAUGCAAGUGGAAACACUUCAAGGAGUUAUCAUUGAAGUGACAGAGAUGUUGCACAAUGCAAGCCUACUUGUGGACGAUAUUGAAGAUAACUCAAAGCUACGACGGGGCUUUCCAGUGGCACACAGUAUCUAUGGAAUUCCAUCUGUAAUCAACUGUGCUAAUUAUGUGUAUUUCCUUGGCUUAGAGAAGGUUUUAACCCUCGAUCAUCCAGAUGCUGUUAAAGUUUUUACCCGUCAACUUCUGGAACUCCAUAAAGGUCAAGGCUUGGAUAUUUACUGGAGGGAUACUUACACCUGUCCUACAGAAGCUGAAUAUAAAGCUAUGGUACUUCAAAAGACAGGUGGUCUCUUUGGAUUAGCUGUAGGCCUCAUGCAGCUGUUCUCAAAUUAUAAAAAAGACUUAAAGCCACUUCUUAACACACUUGGCCUCUUCUUUCAAAUAAGAGAUGAUUAUGCCAACUUGCACUCCAAAGAAUAUAGUGAAAACAAGAGUUUCUGUGAAGACUUAACUGAGGGCAAGUUCUCAUUCCCAACCAUUCAUGCAAUUUGGUCAAGACCUGAAAGUACUCAGGUGCAAAACAUUUUACGUCAAAGGACGGAGAACAUAGAUAUAAAAAAAUACUGUGUACAUUACCUUGAAAAUGUGGGUUCCUUUGAGUACACUCGGAGUACACUGAAAGAGCUUGAAUCUGAAGCCUAUAAACAAAUUGAAUCACUUGGGGGAAACCCUGAGCUUGUAGCACUAGUUGAACAGCUGAGCAAAAUGUUCAAAGAAACUGAAAAUUAAAAAUUUAACUCCUGGGGGUAAAUUAAAACUCUUUUGAAAAUGGGAAAAUAACCAGACUAUCUGAGAGGUGUGAUAAUCAGUCUCACUUAAAACUUUUCUCUUGUGACCAUGUUACAGAAAUUACUCUUAAAAACAAUUUUUAAUUUGAUAUUGAAAUAUAUACCCUAUUAUCUAUACAGUCUUAACUGUAACUACUUACGGAUCACUUUGUUAAAGCAGAUAUACUAGAACUGAGACAAAUUUUGUAUUUAAAUGUGAUCAUCUUUACACAAUCAUCAGCAUUAUUUCAGGCCUAAAACUCAUAUCUUUAACCCGGCUACUGUAGGUUUCUGGCUGAAAUUCUGUGUUAAGUUAAAUCGGGUUGACCUGAGUGUACUGUGCAUUUUCAAACAAUGCUCUAGUAAACCAAAAUGUACAAGAUUAAAUUACAAAAGAAGAUACUUGCAACCACAAUGCAAAUAAAACUGUUGUGUGGUAUUUCUAAGUUAGGCUUGUGAAGAUCAGAUGGAUCAGCUUACUAAGUUCAAAGUGAGUAUUCUGUCCAGCUUCUGGGGAUAUUUUCAGUGGAAUGUGAAUUAUGAAAGAUAGUGUUUUAUAUGCAAAUAAGACUAAUGUUUAGUCUGAAGUUGUAGCUUUAUAAAGAUUUCUAAGUACCUUAGAGAAAAGAUUUUAUGGCAUCAGCAAAGCAUAAAUUUGCUGCUGAUUCCAGUUCUGCAGUGAAUAAUUUUGAUCGCCUGGUUUUAGAUUUUUAAACUGAAAUAUUUUGCAGCCAGGGACUUAAAUCUAUGCAUUAGAGCUUAUACAUGUACCUGUAAAUAGCAACAUAGUAAGCUGCUAGUAGAAAUGGAAUGGGAUUCACACCAGGUAGCUUUAGUACACUGUAAGUGGUACAGGUCUCUUGAAUCUUUGCUUAUAACUGAGAGGGGCUUCUCCAGGAGUUGAUUCAUAAUUCAUACUGCAUUCCUGUUCUGAAUUACUAUCUGGAGGCUUGCUAUAGGUGUCUCUGGAGAGACAAGUUCUGUAAUUUUUUGCUAAAACAAAGUACGGUAUCUUGUUCUACAAGCUAUAAUGCCACUUCAGUUUUGUUAAUUGCUUAAAUAGUGCUUUAAAACUGUGUACACAGGCAUACUGAAAUAGAAGUGCAACUGAGAGAGAGAUUGAGGGGGGAGGGCUGAUCAGUGACAAAACCCUCUGUUCAUCUAUAUAUAGAUGUAUAUAUACAAAGGUGAACAAAACCUGAGCAGAGAUGUUUGUUCCUUCUUUGCCUGGCAGUUUUGCUUUGGUGUAGGGAGGUAGUGGUUUGGAUCAAAGGUAGGGCUGGUGUUAUCAGCGGUGGUGCUAGCUCAAGCAUACUCCCAGGAAAAAAUGGCCAGAGGUACUUCGCUUCUGACAGGUAAAGGAUAGUUUUAUGCAGGUGUUCAUUUGCUGUAUCUGGAAAGUAGGGAGAGGCAUGGUCUCAACCCAUUGAGAAAACUGAAAGUUUGCUGUAACAUCUUCUCUGGGCAGCCUUAAGAUUCUUCUGAAAGUAAUCAAGCAUGAAGAAAUUCAGGAUGAAUGCUCUCAGAUGUUAUGUAGUUAUGGAUGAUAGCCUAUCCCUUUUAUCUGCAUGCUGAGGAGGAGUCUGUCUGCUCUGUGGUUAGGCACUGAAUAAUAGCCUUUUUGCUGAAGGAACCUGGUUGCCAGGACUGAACAGCUUAAAGUUGGUGAAAGGUGUCUUUCCUUUAAUGUUAAUGACAGUGAAUUGUAAUUCCUUUUUCAUUACUUGCAGUGCUUAGUAGUAAGCCUGUAAAUCUUUAAUAUUUUAUGAGAAAAUACUAUCUGCAGGAAAGUAUAAUGUCUGUUUUGUGCCAUGUCUUGGGAGUUCCUAAGCGCUGUUGCAGCUGAUGUUGAAUGGGGGAGAGCACUGGAAAAACUUGUCAGGAGAAUCUCCUAGUUUGCUGUAAAAGAUAUCCUUGUGCCUAUUGGGAUAUUGUAACUGAUGGAUACAAUGCAAAGUGCACUCAGUACCAUUUCAUGUCUGCUCAGUUACUGGAUGUAAACAGUUUUGUGUAAUCAAACUUGCUUAAUGAGGUAGCUUUUAUUUUUGUAUAAAACUUCUCUACCAUCUGAGACUUCUAAGUUGUCACUUCUUUGGGUCAUUCUGGCAACUCACACAAUUAGUAUUGUUCUAAUACUAUAUCUUGUAGAAUGUGCCUGCAUUAACUUAGGAGUAAAUACACUGGAAGUUUUCUAUCUGUAGGCCCUUUGAACUGCAAAUGGAUGAGAAGGGAAAAGUAUCCCGGGAAAAGAAAGCUGGUCCAACAAGAAACCAUACAGACUUACUGUUCUACCUUCGAGGCUUUUGAUACAGGUAUUCAAAGCACACCCUGAAGGUAUAUCUUAAAAGGGCCAGAAGCAGAGUAUCAUUGCUCUUCACUUUGGUUAGGACGAACUGAGGCCUCUGAGGGUUUUUCUUGAUGUAUUCAGGAGUCAGAAGAGGCUGGGAUCUUUCCCCUUCAUCUAUUAAGCAGGUAGAACAUCUUCAAGUAUUAAGCAUCACCGGUCAUGAUGCUUCAUUGUCAAGGUGGAUUUUAUAUUUGGUGCUAUAAAAUGAGACUGCAUCCUCAACAAUAUUCUCCAACAUUGGCUCUGGUUAAGACAUGUUAGGAAAAUCACUUCCUUAAAGCAGCAUGAGAGUUCUCGUGGCUGCAGAAUUAGUUUAGUUGUGUAAGUGCUGCUCUGUUGCUAUGCCUCCCACAGCACAGGGAGUAGGGCUUUUUCCUGAUCUUCACAAGAGAUGCAUUGCUGUGGAAUAGAAAUCUGAGUUGCAAGUGGAAAUGUCUGUGGGUAAACAAAAGGGAUGCUGGUUUCAAUGUCAGUGUCUCUGAGACAGAACUGUUCCCCUUAUCUUCCUGCCAUUACCAACAAGCUCUAAUUUGAUCAGGUUACUAGUGCAUUUCCUGGGGCUUUAGCUCUUGCAGUGUGUAUCAAGAGAAAUGCAAAUACUCAUCAGUCUCCAGCAUUUCCCCCUUACUUCAAUCUGUUUUCUGACUCUGUGCUUGCUUGGAUGUAAAUGAAUGCUGUCACCUGUCUUUGAGUGGCCAGCCCUUGGAUGGGACAUCUGUCUCUGCUUCCUGAAAGGCUGAUGUUAUCCCCAUCAAUUAUAGUGAAAAUUGCAUCAUCUCAGGACCUUCCUGAGGAGAUUGUCUUCCGCCUCUCCCUUUAAGCUCAGACUGCUCAGGUACCCACUAAGAGCAACUUUUUCUGUAUCAGCCAGUUGUUGAUACAAACAGCCUGAAAAAUGGCAAUGCAAGGUAGCUGUUGAUAAUUCUUUAUGCUUUCAACUUUAUGGUUGAUUUUGCUAAUUAUUAAAUAUCUAAAUGCCUCCAUGUGAUGUGGAAAUUUCCUACAUUAAUGGCUUCUUUCCCCAGUUACUGUUAAAAUGCUAACGUGGUGUAAAAACACAGGAUUUGUGUGGCUUGGGGGGUUUUUUGCACCUUCUUAUAUAAAACUGGUUUGAACUCUAAUACGUCUCUAGCACUGAAUUGGGCCAGGCUUUUAUUCAGGCACAAGAGCUAUAUAGGCAUCUGUUGCUCUUCUUUGUUCUGUCUUAUCACUUUGUUUCAGGUUUGAUAUUUACUAUGUUCUUUGUAUUAUUGAUCAGUACUUUAAUUGUAAUUCUGAUCUUGGCUAUAUUUCUAUUCUGUUAAUAAUACCAUAGCACACACAAUACCAUCAAACUCUUUUUUGACCCUGGACAAACAAAAUAGUUUGGGUCUGUUCUUGAAACGUUAAAUCUUGGCUGCUCAUACACCUUCACAAAAGUAAUCCAAGAUUUUCUUCAAUCUUUAAAUGCCUGAAACUUUUUUGCCAAGAAGCUAAAGCCUGUAACGUAUUUUAUAUUGCCAUAAAUUAUUUUUGUCUCGUAUAUCUUGAGCUCCUUUCCCUCUCCUACCCAUUUGCUUUCAACACCUAUUUUGCUUUGGUGAUAAUGCUUGUUAGGCCUUUUUGUGAAAGAAUUUAGCUCACUAGCCCUGGGGGAGAGAAGUUAAUUUUUGUCUGGGUUAAUGAAUUAUCCCACUCAGCAAGAGCCUGAUGCAUGUCAGAGCUGGCAGGUAGACAGAGGCAAGAGUAGAGCCAGAGAAAGGAUUUGAGAGAAAAAGAAAACACAUUUUAGGCUCCUAAGGCUGCCUCAUAUAUUUUCACCUUGGUUUACAGCAUCACCUUCUCUUUGUUAGGUAAAGGCUAAAGAGUGUGGUCAGUUUCCCUGACCUUCCCUUUGUGCUUUCCAAAUAUAAUGUAAGAGAUAUUAAAGUUAAAAAUUAUUUAUUCUGAUGGUUAUAUAAAGACUGACCCUGAUGUGAAGGGAAAUCGUAGAUAAUUUUCUGCUUUUGAACUCCAUGAAAAUAUUCCCUUCUCUGUUGGUUUGUGAAUCAUAUGUUGUCACUAAGCAGUUGCAUCUUUUCUUGAUCACAGUAGAUUAUUUUCACUUUCCCAUAAUGUUUGAGUUGCUAUUUCUGGAGCAUAUGGUAUAAAUUACUUAAUCCCUCAGUAAAGUAAUUAUUGAAGUCUGUAAAGAGGACAAAUGGCAAACACCCAUUUUUUGGUUGUGCUGUUUUGAAAUACACAUAAAAACUGAGCUGUUCUCUUGCUGUAAUCUGGUAUAUGUUUUUCUGCAGUUAACUUCUGUUAACUGAAGGAGGCAUAACAACUUUUCACCAACUUAAGUUAUUAAAAUCAGUCUGACACCAAGGCCAUGUGAACAAAUUAAAAGAAAAAAAAAGUGUUUACAAGGAAAAACCACAACGUUCUUUAACAGCAGUAUCUCAGAUAAUUGCAGUGUUAAUACAUGAAGCAUGGAGCAAAUUCCUGCAAUUUUUCUAUGGCUUUAACUAAAGAACCUAUUGCUACUUUUACUUUCUUCUUUCUGAGGGCAGGAUGGAGGGUGUACAGGUAAAAGUAAAAACCGUAUGGAGGAAUUGUCAUUGCUAUUCCCAGAAAUGUAAAAGCUGCUAUAAACAUUAUCUCUUAUAUUUUAAACCAACCGAAAUGAAUGUUCAAUAAAUUCUGAAGUUAAAUCUGUUUUUACUUAGGUGCUUAUAAAAUGCAGAAGCUGCAAUCCUAGGUAAUGAGAUUAAAAUGUUAAAUUGAUUUAGUUACCUUAUUGGCAUUGGGACUAUCCUGUUUCUUGGCAAGUAUGUUGGAUGAAAUAUAGCUGUUUGAUUAAACACAGAGGAAACAAAAGAAAUAGAAUAAACAGUUAUGCUAUUCUCAUUAUCAUUUUAGAAGUACUAAAUAAAUAAAUAUGACAUGCAUGUAAUUUCUGAGAGUAGCUGAAUAACCUAUCAAACAUGCCGCUGGGGUCAGAAAGAUAGUGAAAAGUAUUUUCUUGUUUUCAACACCUUUCCUGACACAUAGUCAAAUGGAGCAUGCUCUCAGGUUUGUACUCCAAAACAGUGAAUGAGUCGGGAAAGAAGAGCAAGAGGGCUUAUUGCCAUUGUUUCUGUGCAUCAUUUAAAACUGGAACAGAUUGUUCGAAGGGUGCCCUCUGUGGGAAAUGAAGGGGCUCAGAGACCCAGAUGAGACAGCAGCACCACCAAAGGCAUGGAAGGAGGACUAUGGUAACUAUUUUUUUUCCUCAAAUAAAUUAGUGGACCUAAGAAAGCACAUUACCUUUGGCAAAGGAAGGCUCUAAGACACCAAGAUCCUUACUGGAGUGCUCCUUGGGAGAGCUGCUGUUUUAUGUCAGGCAGUAAAACAUGCCCUCAGAGCCUGUUCUUGAAGAUAUAAGCCAUCAGCAUGCCAAAGAAUUUGCAUAUUCACAUUACUUUGGUUGGAAUAUACCAGUGUUACCAAAUAUCUGUGCUUGAUUUCUGUAAUCAAUAUCACAGAAUCAAAGAGUACUAUAUGCUGCCUGCCAAAUAGUGCAUGAAGUUAUUCACUGUAAUAGCAGCAGAAGCACAACACUGAAAUAGCUUCUUGCUUAUUGUUGUGAUUGUUUGUCUUUGUGGUCCCAAGAUUUUAAUUAUAUUGUUUGAAUUAAGUUAUGAGACUGAACUAUGAAGCACAUCAGAGAUGAAUAAAUGUGGAAAAUGUCAA